ACGCCCCGAUGCUGCCAAGACGCAUCUGCUGUCCGACCGCCAGCUCCAUAUAGAACAGAGGUAUUCCUUCUACCACCAGCAUUACCAGGGAUAAAGAUGGAGGAUGAGACCUUUCUGUACUUUGCUUAUGGGAGUAACUUGCUGAAGGAAAGGCUGCAGCUGAAGAACCCAUCAGCUACAAUUCACUGUGUGGCCAGACUCAAGGACUACAAGCUUGCCUUCGGGAACUUCGGAGGCCGGACUAGUGACCGCUGGCAUGGGGGAGUGGCCACCAUCGUUCAGAGCCCAGGAGAUGAAGUGUGGGUGGUGUGGAAGAUGAGUGUAGAAGACCUCCAGUCCCUAGACAGACAGGAGAAUGUGAAAAUUGGUGCUUACAGUCCAGCAGAAGUUAUGGUCUCAACAAAAGUGGAGGAAUUGACUUGCCGGACUUACAUCAUGAACAACUGUGUCUACACUCCUCCUUCACCACAGUAUCUUAAGGUUAUUGUUUUGGGUGCCGAGCAGAACAGUCUACCAUCAGAAUAUCAGCUGAAACUGAAGGCAAUAAAGACUAACAACUACGAAGGACCUCUAGAUUUAAUGUCCGAAGUUGAGAAGGCCAUGAAGAUAAAGAAUAAGCAAACCAAUAAUAAAUAACUAUUUUUUUCUAAA